AACUAUAGUGGAAACAUAACAAAGCUUUUCUCAUUUCCAAACUAUAUUUUCUAGUAGUAUAUAUAUAUACGAUCCAUCAAUCCAUCUUCUUCCGUCAAUUUAACCCCCACACUCACAAAUUGACAUAAUAAAAUCUCAGAAUUCCAAAUCAAGAAAAACUCCAUUUUUUCAUGCUUAUACCACACUCUCAUGGCUUCUGCUUCUCAUAACCAAUAUGGAUCUGACCCAACUUCACCGAACACCACCUUUGUUCAGGCAGACCCUUCAACGUUCCGAACCAUAGUUCAGAAACUAACCGGAGCACCCGACGACUCAUCAACUCAGAAGCUUCCGUUAACUCACCCGAACCGACCAACCGCCAUUCCUGGUCCGAAAAGACCGGCAUUUAAGCUUCAAGAAAGAAGACAAAGCGCCAAGAAUCUCCAAAUAAACCUCAACAACAACACUAACUACACCUUCGAGCAGCAUCAUAAUCUUGUCCAGUUCAGACAGCCGCAGCAACGAGGUUUCUUAGUUUCGCCUGUGUCCACGUUGGAUUUCUUUGGUUCUCGGGUGAGCCCUAGAUCUCCAUGUGAAGAGUAUUUUGGAGCUGAAGAUGAAGAAAAAUGUAUUGCUGAGAAAGGGUUUUAUUUGCAUCCGAGUCCUUUGAAUACUCCGAGAGGAGCCGAGCCUCCUGAAUUGUUGCCUUUGUUUCCGUUGUGUUCUCCCCGUGAGGUUAAAGUUGAGCGUGAUGAUCAUGAAGAUUAUAAUGAUUGUAAUUCUUGUUCUUGAAUUAGGGUUUUUAUUUUAUUAAUUAAUUUUGGUUAGGAGGCUAAUUUUAAUUCUAAUUUGUCAUAAUGUUGCUUGUUAAUCAUCUUAUUAAUGGUAAUUAACUGUUUAUUAA